ACAACACAACAAAACUCAAACCUAACCGCAAAAAAUAUUUUUAUUUUUAUAAUUAAUUUUGUUUGAUUUAUUUUAUAUCUUAUCAUUAAUUCGAUUUGAUUUAAUAUUUAAUCCUUGUUGUGACCAAAAGUGAAUCAGUAGAUUUUUGGAAGGUAUCAGGCCUUUACUUUAAGCAAGCAAUAUGGAAACGACACCGCCCUUGAGCGACCUGGACCCGAGUUCCUUUUCAAAACCAGAAUUGGUUAAAGUUACUUCGAUCGAUUUAAAUUUAAAUGUUAACUUUGACAAGAAGAUACUGGCAGGAACUGUAUUGCUUGGCGCCCAGAAAGUUGAUCCAAAAGCCAAUGAAAUUAUUCUUGACUCGAUGAAGCUCAACAUAUUGUCAAUUUAUGAUGUGGAAACAAAACAGGAAUUAUCGUACGAGCUCAGCCAAAAUGUUAAAGAUUUUGGUUCAAAAUUGACCAUACAAUUACCUAAAAAAGAAUCAAAUAAUUUUCAAAUUGGCAUAGACUAUGAAACUUCCCCAGAUGCAACAGGGCUUCAAUGGUUAUCUCCUAGCGAAACGGCAGGCCACAAACAUCCCUAUCUUUUCAGCCAAUUUCAACCUACUCAUGCUCGCUCGGUUAUACCUUGUCAAGAUACUCCAGGAGUUAAAACACCAUACAAAGCAACUAUUUCAGCGCCACAAGAGUUUACUGUGCUUAUGUCGGCUUUACAAGAUGGUUCAAAAACCUUGCCUACAGGCAAAAUAUCGCAUUUUGUUCAAAAAGUUCCAAUGCCUUCUUAUCUUAUAGCAAUCGCAGUCGGAGUGAUGGAAUCUAGACAAAUUGGGCCUAGAACAACUGUUUGGUCUGAAAAAGAGCUUAUCGAAGAAAGCGCUUAUGAGUUUGCGAACACAGAACAUCAACUGAAAACUGCUGAAGAUUUAUGCGGGCCUUAUGUGUGGGGCAAAUACGACUUAUUAGUGUUGCCACCUAGUUUUCCUUACGGCGGAAUGGAGAAUCCUUGUUUGACAUUUGUUACACCAACUUUAUUGGCUGGAGAUCGAAGUUUGGCGAAUGUAAUAGCCCAUGAAAUUGCCCACAGUUGGACCGGUAAUUUGGUCACUAAUAGGAAUUUUGAACAUUUUUGGCUUAAUGAAGGUUUCACUGUGUUCAUUGAGAGGAAAAUUAAGGGUCGAUUGGAGUCUUUGCAGAGUCAAGAUUUUGAUGCUUAUACUCAUUUGAGUGUUCUACGUGAAGAGGUUAAUCGCAGAGGCAAACAUACCUCUCUAGUUGUUGAUUUAAAAGGCACCCAUCCUGAUGAAGCGUUCUCCAUUAUCCCUUAUGAAAAAGGCCAAACAUUUUUGAGAUAUUUGGAAUCUGUCAUUGGAGGACCAGCUGAAAUGGAACCGUUCCUGCGUUCUUAUUUCGAGCAAUACAAAUAUCAAUCAAUUGAUACAGAUGUGUUUAAAAAUUAUUUCAAAAAAUACUUUGCCAACAAACAAGAAAUUGAAAAAAUUGAUUGGCAAACUUGGUUGCACGCCCCCGGAAUGCCCCCAGUGGUUCCAAAUUACGACAAAACGUUAGCUAUUAUUUGCGAUGAAUUUUUUGACAAAUACAAUAAAUGGGAUGGAACUGGUGAAUCACCUAUAACAUCAAAAGAAGUUCAAAAACUAAUGGCUUCCCAGCAAAUCUACAUUCUUCAACAAAUUUUAGAAGCAGACCCGCAGCCAAUCGACAAGCUCAAACAGCUGGACUCUGUUUUUAAUUUGGACCAAACCAAAAAUGCAGAAUUGUUGUUUUUGUGGUUGAGAAUAUGCUUGAAGGCUCAAUGGAAAGACAAAAUUGAUGCCAUGUUCAGGUGGAUAAACACAGUGGGCAGGAUGAAGUAUGUGAGGCCUUUGUACAGGGAUUUGUUUAAAUGGGAAUUUACUCGGCGAAGAGCCAUAGAAAAUUUCAAAGCUAAUAGGCAGAAUAUGAUGCAUGUGUCUGCAUUUACUAUAGCCAAGGAUUUGAAUAUUGAAAAGUGAUUUUUUGAUAAUUAUUAUUAUUGUAUUUUUAUUAAUAAAGCAUUUAGGGUUUGUCACAAAUUAAUAAAUAAUUUUAUUU